AUGCCGGAGCACGGUGGCACUCGCCAGUGGCUGCACAAGACGAGCCUGAGCCAAGCGAGCCCGCGGCCUCCGCCCAUCCCCGGCCUGCCCAAUGCUCGGCCCGCCUUCAAGGCCUCUGCGCUCUGGGCCUGGGGCGGCAGCGCGGGCGGCGUGGCCUUCCAGCCGCCCCGGCCAAAGCUCAACGUGUCGCAGGCGCAGGGUGGCGCCGCUGCCGCCACGCUGCUGGUGCGGUGGUUGCCUUGGAGGGCUUGGUGA